AGAUGAACUUAAAUCAGGGAAGAAUAAAGAAUAUGAUCAAAUUAUAUAUGUGAUAUGCUAGGAUUAGUUUCAGUUUUUGAAAGGUAAUAGAUCAAAACCUUGAAUUAGAGCUCCCAUGGGACACAAACCCUAGGCAUUUGCUACAAGUAGAACUACUCUAUUGCAUAUUUAUUUGUAUGGAAACUCUCGUUAAUGGGUUAUGGCCACACUAUAUUAAACUAAACAGCAAUGUGAUGAUGUCCCGCCAAAUUCAAAUCCUCCUCCAACGGUCAAAAACCACCACCCACCUUCUCCAGCUCCAUUCUCUCAUCCUCAAAACCGCUAUAGAUCACAACCCAGAUCUCAUUUCUCAGUUCAUAUUUUCCAUUUCGUCGGUUUCCAUCGAAUUCGCCAGAUUGGUGUUUAAUAGAUUGCCCAUUAGGGCACCAAUUUUUGUUUGGAACUCAAUCAUCAGAGCAUACACUAAGAGUUCAGUUCCAAUUGAAGCAGUGAAGCUUUUCUCCCAAAUGCAAAGGGUUGGGCUUAAACCCGAUAAUUUCACAUACCCUUUUGUUGUUAAGGCCUGUGGGCGUAGUUUGGUGGUGGGUGCAGGCGGGGCGAUGCAUUCUAUAAUUGUGAAGGCGGGUUUUGAUUCAGAUAGGUAUGUUGGGAACACCCUUUUGAGGAUGUAUGCAAAUCUCAAUGCAGUUGGGCUUGCUAGACGGGUGUUCGAUGAAAUGACUGUGAGAGAUGUGGUUUCUUGGAGUUCUAUGAUUGCUGGAUAUGUUGCAUGCAAUUGUCCAGCAGAUGCCUUAAUGGUAUUCCGACAUAUGAUGUUAGCAAAUGAAAAACCUAAUUCUGUCACUCUGGUAAGCUUGCUUUCUGCCUGUACUCGUUUGCUAAAUAUUGGUGUGGGGGAGUCCAUUCAUUCAUACAUUAUUGUCAAUUGCAUAGGAUUGGAUGUUGCUUUAGGAACAGCAAUCCUUGAGAUGUAUUCUAAGUGUGGGCACAUAGAAAAAGCUUUGAAAGUUUUUAAUUCCUUGACUGAGAAGAACUUGCAGUCUUGGACUAUCAUGAUAUCUGGCCUUGCAGAUCACGGCCAUGGUGAAGAUGCUAUUUCUUUGUUCACCCAAAUGGAACAAACUGGCCUACAACCAGACAGUAUGUCAUUUUCUGGGAUUUUAUCAGCUUGUAGUCACUUGGGUCUUGUUGAUGAGGGCCAAACGUUUUUCAGUCAAAUGGUGAAAAUUUAUAAUAUCAGGCCAACAAUGGAGCACUAUGGAUGCAUGGUGGAUAUGUUUGCACGAGCUGGGAUGAUUGAAGAGGCUUACGAAAUUAUCAAGAACAUGCCAAUGGAGCCUAACUCUGUUAUAUUAAGGAGCUUCAUUGGUGCCUGUAGAAAUGAUGGUCGUGUUUUUGGUUUUGAUGAAAAUUUGAGAAGACUUCUGCUUGAAAUUGAGCCUGAUCUUGGAGCGAACUAUGUGCUUGCUUCUGGUGUAUCUUCUCUGUCUGGCUGUUGGAAUGAAGCAGCUGACUUGAGAGUAUCCAUGAAAGAGAAGGGUUUGAAGAAGGUUCCUGGAUGGAGUCGGGUGGAAGUGAGUGGCAGUCAUACAGAAGACACCAUUGAAGAGGCUCUAAGCUAAUUUUUCAAUCUGAGUGCUGAAGAACCAUUCCUUCCUCACAAUUUCCCGAGUUAUGCAGGGACAAAAACCUAUUGCAAGAGAUCCAAACAUAUAUGAUUGCAAUGUAUUGUUGGUGGUUAUUCAUGGAAUUGGAAUACCGAACCUCCAUGGUGAAGAGUAUGUUUUCCAUUAGUAAUUACUUGUAUCUGGCUUCAGGUUACUGAAAUAUAUUUUGGUCUUUACAUUGGAAAGGGAAAAUUUUCAAGUCAAGGGAUCUUUUGGGGUUCCCAGAAAAGGUUCAAGGUCAUAUUAGAAUUGCCAACUUGAAUUUGAAUAUGACCUAAGUGGUGGUACAUUCCACUGUCCUCGGAGCAAUUUUCCCAAAAUCUUUUACAUCAGUAAAUGAGCAUCUAUAGUAAGAGUUGCAACAAUGUUUACAUGGGCUGGUGGAAGAUUAAACACUCUCUUGCCACAUACAGUUGAGUUGCUGACUUCUAAUAAUUAGGAUUUAAGGCUUUGUUGUUGUGUUGUGUUAUUGUUGUUAUAUGUAUAAAUUUGAUGUUGUUGCUACAUUUACUGAAUGACAUUUCAAGAAUUCAGGCAUGGAGCAGUACAUGAAGCCCACUUUUUUCCCAAAAAUCAAAUGGUAAAAUCCAAGCCAUGUCUGUUCCUGGCUGCCCCAACAUUUCAGCAAUGUGCCUCGCUGUAAGUCACUAUAAACUAAUUCUUUUCUCUAUAGCUAUUGAUCUAAUACUCUGAAACCUAGACAUAUGACUCAGCCUCAAAUCUAGAUGUUUUAGGUCACCCCUCCAUGGAGGGCAGGAAAACCUUCUAGGUACAUUAUCCCAGGGCAUAGUUGUGACCACACUGAUCAUUAUGCGAGAAGUCAUAUUAGAGUUGUCAUUUGACAUAAAGUAAGGAUACUUUAGUAUCAAAAUUAUUCAUUUUUUUUUGGCAAUACCUGGCAUUAGCACUUCCAUUUUGUGAAAUGGCAUGAUUUAAGACACUUGUGGAGUCACGAAUUGCAGAAGAGUUAAAAGUCCUUUGUCUCAUGGUUUGGCAUGGGAGGGUUAGGUUUCAACUUAGAGACUUAAAAGAACCGUGCUGGUUUCCUGAAUUUCAACAAGAAAACACAUUAUACGAACUCAAAUAAUGUGCCAUAACACAACAAAGUAGUGUAAGUCCAGCAGAAAAAACAACAAAAAAGGACAUGCAAGCCAUUUAUGAAUCUCCCCCAUAUCACUCACUGCACUGCCCCUCUACUAACACUAUCUCUUGUGGCCCUUGCUUUACCUCACUGCCUCUCCCUCUCCCUCUCCCCCCCUCUCUCUCACAUGGCUGCAGGCCCCAGAUCAAGCUUUUUAAUUUCCAAUUUCUCCGAGCAAUGGCUGAUCAUGGUUGGCAUGACAAUACUAGUAUGCGGGUUCCUGGCAUAUGUGAUUUAUGAUGCAGUUGUGGUCACUGCAGCUGACCUCUUGCACCGUCUGCUAAUGAUCUCCCCUGUGCUCCUAGUCCUUGCAGUUCACUGGCUGUCCACCGUGCCACCAGCUAAUCGACUCAACUUUCCCAUGCCGGGGUCUGAGCCCAACGCCAUUCAUCGAGCUGGCGCCUCACCAUGGGGUCUUGCAGUUGUGUUGCUUCUCCUCUUCUUCCUCAUAUCUUACCAACCAUCCUUGCAUGACCUUAUCUUUUAGUGUACUUGGCAUUUUUUCAUGGAUAAUGUAUGCUUUGUGCCUUGAAUGUAGCAGAAUGGUUUAGCUUUCUCUAAA